AAGCGAAGAACAAACAAGAUCUUUGAAUCAUUUCUUCUUCUUUUCUAUCUUUUUUUUUAAUCAAAGAGAGAACUUUUUUGUUCAGAUAUGGCGUUAGCUGUUACUUCUUCGUCUGCAGCGAUCUCUGGAUCUAGUUUCUCGCGUUCAGGGUCUUCUGCUGAUCGUAAAGCUCCACAAAUCAGCUCUCUGAGGUUGUCGGAUGGAGCCCAUGUCGCAGCUUCUUCGGUCGUGCAUAUUUCUCAGAGACGCUCCUCCGUAAAACCCUUGAACGCUGAGCCGCCGAAACGCAGCGAAUCCGUUGUUCCUCGAGUGGCAACAAUCUCUGCUCCUGAAGUUGAAGAGAAAGGAACUGUUGAGGAUUUCGAGCAGCUUGCAAAGGAUCUCAGCGGUGCUUCUCCGCUCGAAAUCAUGGACAAAGCCCUCGAGAAAUUCGGAAACGACAUCGCAAUUGCCUUCAGUGGUGCUGAAGACGUAGCACUGAUCGAGUAUGCUCGAUUAACCGGGAGACCCUUUAGGGUUUUCAGCUUGGACACUGGUAGACUCAACCCGGAAACAUACAGAUUCUUCGACGCGGUGGAGAAACACUACGGAAUUCGGAUCGAAUACAUGUUUCCGGAUUCGGUUGAAGUUCAGGGAUUGGUGAGGAAUAAGGGUUUGUUCUCUUUCUACGAAGACGGGCACCAAGAGUGUUGCCGUGUGAGAAAGGUAAGACCUUUGCGUCGUGCCCUGAAGGGUCUUCGAGCUUGGAUCACCGGGCAGAGGAAAGACCAAUCGCCCGGGACAAGAUCCGAGGUUCCUGUGGUGCAAGUCGAUCCGGUUUUCGAAGGGCUGGAAGGUGGGAUAGGUAGUCUAGUGAAGUGGAACCCUGUAGCUAAUGUCGAAGGUAAUGAUGUCUGGAACUUCCUGAGAACGAUGGACGUGCCCGUGAACUCGUUGCACGCUCAGGGUUACGUAUCGAUCGGGUGUGAGCCGUGCACGAGGCCGGUGCUUCCGGGUCAGCACGAGAGGGAAGGAAGGUGGUGGUGGGAAGAUGCAAAGGCGAAAGAAUGCGGUUUACACAAGGGGAAUCUCAAGGAGAGCGGUAAUGGUGAUUCAGGAGCUGGCGAGGAGAAAUCCGCCAUUGUCGAGGAUAUAUUCGAGAGCAAGAACCUGAUCACAUUGAGCAGAGCAGGAAUCGAGAAUCUGAUGGCACUCGAGAACCGUAAAGAGCCAUGGAUCGUUGUCCUCUACGCCCCUUGGUGCCCAUUUUGUCAGGCGAUGGAGGGAUCGUACGUAGAACUGGCGGAGAAAUUGGCCGGAAAAGGAGUGAAGGUGGCGAAAUUCAGAGCGGACGGUGACCAGAAGGAGUUUGCGAAGAAAGAGCUUCAACUGGGGAGCUUUCCGACAAUACUUCUGUUCCCGAAAAGUGCUCCGAAACCCAUCAAGUAUCCGUCGGAGAAGAGAGACGUCGAUUCGCUCAUGUCAUUCGUGAAUCUUCUCCGGUGACAGUCGUCUGAACUGAGAUGAUGAUGAACUCGUCGACCGACCCUCCUUUUUUUUCUUUCCCUUUUUGGUGAGGAAGUGAUUGAGAUGAAGUAAUGAUUCAUCGAAAUCUUGUUUGAUUAUGAAUCGAAAAGAAUAAAAGGGACUCUUGUAUCUUUUUUUUUUUAAAUGUAAUAUAGCGUGUUGGGUUUUCUUACAAAACCCUUCGGCCUGUCCUUUUAUGUCCUGUUUCUCUUCUCUGAUGUAAAGAGGAAACUAGCUCGUGUAAUGGAAUGGAUGUAAUUUGCGCCAAAA